GUCACUUCCGAUUUCCAAGGGCACAUGUAAACAAUGAAAUGAAAGAAGGCAAAAAAUGAGAAAAAGAUGAUUAUUUACGUUGAAAACAAGGCUUUCCCUUUUCGCACAUUUGUGACUCUAGUGGACCCUACAGAUAAGAUAGCCAGAGUCAGAGCCCACCUUCUUCAUUCCCUUCAUGAGAUUGGACGAGAGGACCAUCAGUUCAGACUUAGAUUCAAAGGUCAAUAUCUGCGUGAUGCAUUCUAUUUGGAGGAUUAUGACAUUGGUGAAAAUGCUGUCGUCAAGAUGGUCCCCAUGUCAAAGAGGAAUGAUUCUGUGUACGACCUGAAAUCUUUAACCAGUAGUACAACAUUAAACCUUGACCUUGGACCAGGACAGACAGAAGAUGUGAAGUCAGCACUAUACAGAGAACUCAAAGGGUUCUGUUUUAGAGAAAAGCUUAUCAGUGAUUUUUCUGGUUUGAUGUAUAUGCACUUCCUGGCAGCCUGUCUGACACUACUGACAACUUACUGGUACUCUUUCUCGUGGACGUUUCCACUGUUCCUUAUUGGAGUUAUCUUCUGUCCACAAUUUACUAGAAUUGGCGGUUAUGUUGGAAACUAUACUCAUUGGAAGUAUGUGUUUUGCGUAGUUUAUGCAGUAGGAGCCUUGGCAACAUUAGGAGUCUCUCUGUAUUUUUCAUCUGUCCAAUGGAUGAGUAUUGUGAAUCAUGGUUGUAAAGACUGGGUGUUCGUGGAUGCUUGUUCCCACAAGCAUGUGUUUACAGCAAUUUUCUUCAGUUUUAAUUCUCUGUUGUUACUUGGCGCUGCCAUUAUAGUCGCCAUUCUAUUCUUUAACUUCAGACUGCAGAUAGGAGAUUACAUAGAGAAAUUCCUGGUACAGGAGAGAGAUAUCGAAGAUGUUAUGAAGGCUGCUAGGAAUGGAAAGUUGAAAGAGAAGAGAACAGCAGCUUAUGAGCUAGCAGCCAUGGCAGCUUCAGGAGAUGACAAUAAGUUCAGGAUUGUUGCUGAAGAUGGACUUGAAGUUCUGUUGUCACUGGCUCUAAGCUCUGAUGACUCUACACAAGAGCAUGCUGUUGAGGCUAUUGAAGAGUUACUCAUUAUUCCGUCAAUACAGGACAACUUUGUUGAGAUGGGAGGAGUUAAGACACUAACUGCCUUACUUCGAUCCGAGAAUUCCAAAGUGAUGCAAGAAGCUGCAAGUGCCCUCUACACAAUUGUGUCUGAGUCUGAUGAGCACAAUGAACAUAAAAGUUCAAACCAAAGUGCAGUGGUUGCUGAUCAUGGCAUUGAUGAUCUGGCCUAUGCUUCACACCAAGGAACAAUAUAUUGUCAGAGAACAGUGGCUAGUAUCUUCUUAGAAUUAGCUUUUAAUAGAGACAUCAGAGCACAACUGGCCUCUAGAAAUAUUCCUGCUCAAGCCAUGACACAUCUGUGUCGUAGUAAUGAUCCUGAGACGCAGAGAUAUGCCCUACAGACACUGGAAUUACUUGCAAUAGAGAGUUCUGAUAUGAUUUGUGCUCAGGAAGAACUUCUGGAUAUACUGCUUGAGUUACCACUGAAGACAAUGGAUGAGAAACUUUAUCUUAUUGCUGGGAAGAUUCUGUUAUACUAUGCUGAAAAUAAGGCUACUUGCAAGCAGUUGGUUGAGAAUCCAAGCUUGAAGGAAUCUCUUACAAUCUUUGCUAGGACACAGAAUGCUGUAUUACAGAAAGUUGUUGCUAAAGUUAUAUUCUGUACAACAGAACAUAAAGGGAUCAAGUCAAAGGCUAAACAGAUACGAUUGGAUAAAGUACUAGGAUACAUCAGAGACAAUGCAGCUGACAGAGAAGCUUGGGAUAUGGCUGAUCAAGGUUUACAAGCAAUGAAUUGUGAUGAUGACAACCUGUCUACCCUACCAACUCUCAGUACCCUAGAGAAGCUGAACAAGAUGGGAUCCAAGGAACAGUUUGGUUCUAAAACCUCACUGGGUUCUGAUGUAAAACCAUCUGGAAGUUCAUCAGACUAAAAACUUCACUAAUAUUUUAGCAAUAGACUGUGAUUAUUUUAUUUUCUCCUGCAAUCAAAUAUUUUGUCCUGGACAUUUGACUUUAAUAUCUUAUUUCAAACUUUUGUUUAGAUCAAGUUCAGGUUUUUUAACAGAAUUCAGAAAAUUGUUUUUAGUCAUUCCUUAUACUAUCAAAAAACUUAAAUAUAUUUAUAGAAUUUGGUAAAAAAUGAAAAUCAAAUUUGAAGACAAGUUAAAUGAAUUUAUGUCAAUUAUAACAGAAAUGGCUUAAUGAUAUUUGUAUUUUUUUUUUAAGUAGAUACUAACAUGUUAGUUUUGAUACAAUUUGAUACAAAUAAAAUCUAUUUACAGCUAUACUUUAUUUAGCAAUUGAAUACUUUUGUUGAAAUUGCAAGAUUUUUUAUCUAAAUUUAUUCUAUAUUUUGUUCCGUCCAUUUUCAAGCCUAUUGUGAUAAACUGUAUUUGUCUGUGUCAGUUUUUUGUUAAGAAUAUAUCACUGUUAAACUUGAGUACAAAAUAAGGGAAGAAAUGAUGUUUAUAAAUUAUGUUUCUUUCUUUUGAUUAAGUGCAAUAUUAGUUUAAUGAUAAACAAAAGAAAAGAAGACAAUUUGUUAAUUUUGUAAAACAAUAAUUUUAGACAGAAGCUGUUGAUCAGCCUUUAUAUUGUCAGAUGACAUUUUGUUACAAUUUGUCUUUGCUUAAUCACUAUAUAAAAUGAUUUUGUAUUGUUUAACAGAUCAGUUUAAAUGGACUUUUUCAAUACCUAUUUUCUCUCAAAUUUCUUUCAUAACAAUACUUACAUUGUACAUAUAUGGUAAAAUUGUAUUUGAAAAGACCUGCUUUAACUAUUGUUUACCAUUGACUAGGACAUUUCUUUAGUGAUCAUGUUUAAAUUUAAAGAUUUGUAGAUUUCCUUUAAUUUUGUGGAAUAUGCUAUCAAUGCUGAUAAAGCAUUCAGUAGAAACAAUAAAAAUUAUCUUGGUUAUUUUGCAGAUUAGGAUAUAUUUAUGUAAAUGGUUGAUACAAACAUAACGGUGAUUUUUAAGAGUUGUGUAAAUGGUUGAUACAAACAUAACGGUGAUUUUUAAGAAUUAUGUAAAUGGUUGAUACAAACAUAACAGUUUGAAGAGAUAUGUAAAUGGUUGAUACAAACAUAACGAUGAUUUUUUAAGAGUUAUGCCCCUUCAACAAGGUUAAUUAUAGUUUUCCCAGAGAAACAAUAAUGACUUAGUCAGUGAAUAGUUAUCCAUCUAGUAAACAUUCAUUUGCUGUUAAUACAUGCAAGAUUUUUUUUAAAUCACUUCUAAGAUAGAUUGACAACAAUUUUGAACCAUUGUAUCAACGUUUAAAGAUAAAGGAAUCUUAGAAUUUGAUAUACUGGUGUUUAAUCUAAAUGAGUUAUGAGGUUUUUUUCUUGGCAUUUUAAAUUUCUUUUUAAGGAUGUUCACUGCUGAAAUUUUACUAUUUUAUGUAUACUAGGACAGAAAUUUCUUUUUUCACACUCAACAUAGGCACAGAACUAACCUGUUAAAAGUUUAAUCUGAUUGUUGUCUUUAAAUCACAGGUGUUUGUAGAACAAAGAAAUCCUUGCAAGAUGCAGUAUCUUAUUUCAUGUAUCAGUUUAUGACAAAAUAACCACUUUGUAAUAUAUAUAUUUUUUUAUAUAAUUAGAUUAUUAAUGUUUUCACAUUUUAUAUGACCCUUGGAAGGCUGGACCUCCAUAUUGUUAUUUUUAUUAUAUCCAAUAAAUUCUAAUAACCAAA